UGUUAUUUUGCAGCUUUUAGUUGAACACUUCUAGUCAAGAAAUGACAGACUAAUUGAAACAAAAAGAUAUAAGUAUUAGAAUUUGUGUUAGAACUACGUUUGUGAUCCAAAUAUACAUAUACAUGCUGCUGGUAUAGUUUAAUGUAGUAUAUUAGAAAUAGUUUUUGGUGGUCUUUACUAAGUAGCUUUACCUCAAGUGUUUGAACUGGCGACCAGGUGACGGUUUCGAGGAAGUUUGAGAUAUUUUCAUGUUUUGUCAGAGGAAAAAAACAUUUUAAAUUCCUCUUAUACACUGAGUGUAUCCACACUUUCUGGGUGCAGUUUUGUAUUUCACUAAAUACAAAUGUCUUCUGUCUACAAGGUGUAUUUUGAGAUGAUGUUGACUAAUUUCUGGGUCAGUAUGUGCUUAUUUCCCCAGUUAAGAGAUCAAUCAAGUGUGAAAGCCUUGUAGUGCUCUUUCAUCAAGAACGUUACGGUCAGCUGGAGAACCAAUCAGAAGGCAGCAGCUGCAGGGUGGGCGCGACUUCCUCGUAGUUACGUCUGCCUCGUCGUUAAACAGGAACCGGCCGUCAAUUUUAUUUCCUAGGAUGGCGAAGUCGUGACCCGCCCUGCUCUGCCUCGGAUUGGCUAAUACCCGUUGGGUGGGUUGGUUUUACAGCUCUUGGUUCACAGCCGUAAGAUUUAGGUAUGAGGACUGCGAUUGGUUAAGAUUAGGGCAAGACUCUCAGGGGCCAAUCAGAGGCAGAGCAGGGCGGGGAAUGACCUCGCCUUCCUAGGAAAAAAAUAUCUCGAACCGGCCGGUUUAACAUGUCAGCGAGACAGCACGUUAUCGCCCUUUAUGUUAUAACGCAGACCUUUUGUGUCUAGGACCCUGUAGGGUCCAAGUUUGUCUGUUCAGUAGUUAUUCCAGUCGGUCUGAGGGAUUUACGCAGAGAUUUAACCUCCUCGGUGGUGGAAAGGAAAACUUCACUGCGACAAAAUAUCAAGGUGGCCUGUUGAAGAAGACACGCUUGAUAAACACACCGAAGCCGCGGAAAUAAUCAUGUUUGCGUUUAUUGAACCUUAUUAACCAGUGUUGUGAUUAAUUAUGCAAUUAGCGUAGCGAUGUAUUCAGACUUAUAGUAUUCGUCUCUGCAACGGUCUCCUCAUACUGCAGACAUUUCGAGGAGAGGCUACUGAGGGAGUGAUUUGCAGACGUUGCAGAGUGGACAGAAGCUCAGUGAAGACUGACGAGGGGCAGAGGAACAGAACAUUUUGUGUGCUGAAAAAAUUUUGUUAUAUCUUCUCAUCAUCCUGAAGGACUAUGGAGCUGUCACUGGCUCACCCAGCUAUCAAAGCCUUCAUGUGUGGCUCCUUCAGUGGAACUUGCUCCACGCUGCUUUUCCAGCCUCUCGACCUCGUCAAGACCCGUCUGCAGACGCUGCAGAACGGCAUGCAGCCUGGUUCGGGCAGAGUGGGGAUGGUGACGGUGCUCCUGAACGUGGUGCGGACAGAGAGGCUGCUGGGACUGUGGAAAGGAGUUUCACCGUCUUUUGCACGGACCAUCCCAGGUGUGGGGCUCUACUUCAGCACCUACUUCUCUCUAAAGCAGCACUUCUUCCAGGAGAAGAGCCCGGGGGCCAUGGAGGCUGUGCUGCUGGGAGGCGGGGCCAGGACGGUGGCAGGGAUCUUCAUGCUGCCGGUCACUGUCAUCAAGACUCGCUUUGAAUGUGGCAGGUACAGUUAUGGGAGUGUGACCGGGGCUCUGCGCAGUGUGUGUCAGACUGAGGGUCCUGCAGCUCUGUUCUCAGGCCUGAUGGCCACACUCCUCAGAGACGUUCCUUUCUCUGGUAUCUACGUCAUGUUCUACAGCCAGACCAAGAACUCGUUGCCAAAGGAGAUUAGCAUGUCUGCUUACGCUCCCCUGGCUAACUUCAGCUGUGGGGUCCUGGCCGGUGUGUUGGCCUCUCUGAUCACUCAGCCUGCUGAUGUGGUCAAAACACACGUCCAAGUCAAUCCUCAGCUGAGGACAGCAGAGGCUAUCAGAUACGUCUAUAUGGAACAUGGACUCCAGGGGUUCUUCAGAGGGGCAGUUCCACGGUCGCUUAGGAGGACCAUGAUGGCCGCCAUGGCGUGGACAGUGUAUGAGCAGAUGAUGGCACAUAUGGGACUGAAGUCCUGAAGAGGAAAGUUGUUGAGAAGCUUGUGAAAAAAAGAAGACAUGUAGUCAAGUCACUGAAUGACGAGAGGAGUGAGUGAACAAGGAGAAAAUGCUCCAGUGGAGUUGCUCAAAAACCUUUGAUGACUUAUAAUAUUUCUUGGAAACAAGUGAUGCAGACUGAUGAGCAAAGAAACUUUCCACUUGUUAUCUAAAUGACUGACAUGACAUUACAAGACAGAUAUGUGGAGAGUUGGCUCUAUGAAGUGUUUUACUGGGCUCAAGUUUGGAAAUCAGAUUUCUGCCCCGAAUUUUGUUUGCUGUUGUCCGCACUACGUGACCUCGGGAAAAGUAUUUCAAAAUAACACAGCGAUGCUGUGAUGUUCUGUUUGCACUACAAGUUGUACAUAAUUUCUGCUCCCUAAUGAGUAUGUGGACUCAGACAUUAAAUGAGAUUUUGCACGUUUUA